UUCCACGCUCUGCUGUUAACGCAACAGGAAAUACCCCUGUAUGGUUUGUCUCUAACUUAAUUUGCUGUUGUUUUCGAAAGAUUUGGAUUAUAUAUUGUUAUCGGACGUGAAACUUUCAUUUUGAUGAGUGUGUUAGCUGCUUGGCCAUACAUACGUCUUUGGUGAUGUUUACACGUCAGCACACAACUCGUGUGUAGCAACCUUUCUUUUACUGCCUAUGUGCGUUACUCAAAGUGGACUGAAGUUGAACGUGGAAGGUAAACGUCAUCUAAUGAAUGCAAAUUAAGAAAUAAAGGACUCAGCAUGGGCCUGUUUCGGAGCGAGGAGAUGUGCUUGGCCCAGCUGUUUUUGCAGUCUGGAUCUGCAUAUGACUGCAUCAGUGAACUAGGAGAAUUGGGACUUGCGGAAUUCAGAGAUCUUAAUCCAAGUGUCAACGCCUUUCAGCGUAAAUUUGUAACUGAAAUUAAAAGAUGUGAAGACAUGGAGCGGAUUUUAGGAUAUUUACUAAAGGAGAUCAAGAAGUCAGAUAUUCCACUACCUGAGGGGCAGGUGAAUCCAAAUGCUCCCCUACCUAAGCAAGCUUUGUCCGUUAUGGAGCAGCUUCAGAGACUUGAGCUGGAAUUGAGUGAGGUGACCAGGAACAAAGAAAAACUACAGAAGAAUCUUCUGGAACUGACAGAGUACACCCACAUGCUGCACAUUACAAAGAAUUUUGCACAGCGCAACACGGAGUAUGAGUCUAUUCAGACCCAGUAUGAAGAGUUCCCUUUCUUGGAAAAAGAAUCCAUCAUGGAUUAUAGCAGCAUGCAGAGGCUGGGGGCUAAACUCGGCUUCAUCUCCGGCUUAAUCCAGCGGGUUAAAAUAGAGGCCUUCGAACGGAUGUUGUGGAGGGUCUGUAAAGGCUACACUAUCCUCAGUUACUCAGAGAUUGAUGAGUGCCUUCAGGAUCCUGAAUCGGCUGAAGAUCCAAGGACCGUGGUGUUCCUGAUAUCCUAUUGGGGUGAUCAGAUUGGACAGAAAGUGAAGAAAAUUUGUGACUGCUAUCACUGUCACCUUUAUCCAUACCCCAAUAGCAAUGAAGAAAGGGCUGAUGUGAUUGAUGGCUUGAAAACACGUAUCCAGGACCUGCACACAGUUCUUCAUCGGACCGAAGACUAUCUACGGCAAGUGUUGAACAAGGCUUCUGAGUCUGUAUAUACCUGGGUAAUCCAGGUAAAGAAAAUGAAGGCCAUAUAUCAUAUUCUAAACCUCUGCAGCUUUGAUGUCACCAACAAGUGCCUCAUUGCAGAGGUCUGGUGCCCCCUCAAUGACCUACCAGCCCUGCGAAGGGCACUGGAAGAAGGUUCGCGAAGGAGUGGAGCCACUGUGCCAUCAUUUGUGAAUCGCAUUCCCAGCAAUGACACUCCACCCACUCUUAUCAGGACCAACAAGUUCACUUCAGGAUUCCAGAACAUUGUGGAUUCCUAUGGUGUAGGGAACUACAGAGAGGUCAACCCAGCUCCAUAUACCAUCAUCACCUUUCCUUUUCUGUUUGCUGUGAUGUUUGGAGAUCUGGGCCAUGGCAUUUUAAUGGCAUGCUUUGCUUUGUGGAUGGUGCUGUAUGAAAAUGACCGUAAAUUGAAACACACCAGAAAUGAGAUCUGGAACACCUUCUUUGAGGGCCGCUACCUUAUUCUGAUGAUGGGACUGUUUUCGGUGUACACCGGAUUUAUCUACAAUGAUUGUUUCUCCAAGUCCCUCAACCUUUUUGGCUCUAGAUGGAAUGUAACAGCCAUGUUCACCCAUGGUAACUGGACGCAAGAAACAAUAAAGAAACCUGGAAUGCUCAGUCUUGAUCCCAGUGUCAUUGGAGUCUUCAGUGGGCCCUAUCCAUUUGGUAUUGACCCAAUAUGGAAUCUGGCAUCAAAUCGUCUCACUUUCCUAAACUCUUAUAAGAUGAAAAUGUCUGUGAUUCUGGGAAUCAUCCAUAUGAGCUUUGGUGUUAUCCUUGGAGUCUUCAACCACCUGCAUUUCAGAAAAAAGUUUUGUGUGUAUUUGAUGUUCAUCCCUGAGCUUCUCUUCUUGUUAUGCGUGUUUGGAUACCUAGUCUUCAUGAUAAUUUACAAAUGGCUGGCUUUCUCUGCUAAGGACUCGAAGACUGCACCCAGCAUCCUCAUCCAUUUUAUCAACAUGUUCCUGAUGCAGGGGGACACGAUCCAGCCUUUAUAUUCAGGACAGGCUGGUGUGCAAGCGUUCUUACUGGUCAUUGCCUUUCUAUCUGUUCCUGUCCUACUUUUUGGAAAACCAUUGUAUCUUUACUGGCUCCAUAAAGGCAGAAACCAUCUCCAUAUGUAUCAAGGCUAUGAACGGGUUAGACGCUGCAGCGAAGAGGAAAUUAGCCUCAUGCGGGCUCAUGAUAUGGAAGAGGGCACUAACCAUGAUGCUCUGAUGUCUAGUUCAGAAAGCCAGUCAGAAGAGAUUGACUUUGCUGACGAGUUCUUGCAUCAAGCCAUUCAUACCAUAGAGUACUGCCUCAGCUGCAUCUCCAACACGGCAUCCUACCUAAGACUGUGGGCCCUUAGUUUGGCACAUGCACAGCUGUCGGAGGUGCUGUGGUCAAUGGUGAUGCGCGUAGGACUACGGGUAGACACCAGAGUGGGUGUUGUUUUUCUGGUGCCAGUUUUCGGUCUGUUCGCAGUGCUCACCGUGUCCAUUCUGCUGGUAAUGGAGGGAUUGUCUGCAUUCUUGCAUGCUCUGAGGCUGCACUGGGUGGAAUUUCAAAACAAGUUCUACAGUGGGACAGGCACGAAGUUCAACCCCUUUACUUUUUCCGUCUUCCACAACAGUAUCAACAGUGAAAGCCUUCUCUAAAUAGGAGCCAGUAGGAUACCAACUUUCCUUUUUUUCCUUUUUUUCUUGUACUACCACUGCUGACUUAAAAUAAAUGUUAAGAUGUAUUUUAUCACAGAUAUCCUUGUACAAAUUCAGCUAAAUGAGUCUAUUGUUUCAUUCCUAGUGUUUUGUCACCAGUUUAUUGGAUAUCAACUUGUUAUUGUAAUAAACAUUGUGUAUAUAAGCACUUCUUUAAAAAAAAAAAAAAAAAAAAAAAAAAAAAAACUUGCUCAUAGGCUCUACUAUGAAGUAAUUGCAAAGAAUUCUCUCUCUGUGCACUGAAGGUUGACUUGGUAUAUUUUCUAUCUGUGAUUUUAAAUGGUAUGUGGAAUCUAGACUAUUUUUGUGCCAAAUUGUGCAAUGCAUUUUAUUUCAGAUUAAAUGUAUGGUUAAAACACAA